UCUUCCAAGUCCUUUCCUUUGCCUUGGUUGGGACGCUACUUAUUAAGUAUAGUACAAUUCAGUUAAACAUCAUUAAGACAUCAAAAUCAAAUGUUAAGAAAAGCAAAAAUAAAGUAGUAUAAUUUGAAAGGGAAUGCUACAGCAGUGAUUCAAAUGAACAAAACAAACCCCCUGAGAAAGUGUCUUCAAAUAUCUUCGAGAGUGUGGACUGAAACAUCUAGUGGGAGCAACCCCACAGGGCACCAUAGCAAAAGUUUAUUUACUUGUUCCUCGAGGUGUGGGCUUGGAAAUUCUCAAAAGAAGGUUGCAUCAGAGUUCAGACACCCCAUUGCAAGACUGAUGAAUUUUUUUUUAUAUACAGCUUGGUUCCUCCUCCUGUAAAAAUACAAUCACAAAAUCAAAGGAGAGAAAUCAGACUGUGAAGUUCAUGAAUUAUGUUGAGAGCGGGUCAAAACUUGGAAUUUAACGAUUCUCAACCUAAUUUGGAAUUUGAAUUCUGACAUUUCAAAAAUUCCUUUUGUCCCAUAUUCGAACGAAAAGUUGAAAUUUACCGUGAAAUAAAAUAUCUGAACAAUUUUUUGUUUUGGAAUUAUUGAAAUGACCUUAUCAAAGGUUAAAGCACUUUGUUUUAUCUUUAUUCAUUAAUAGAAUGGCUCAUUUCCCCCCCCCUCAAAACUAUUUUCACAGUUAUACUGUAGCCUUUCAGUAAUAUACUCUUUACUUUUCUCCUGUUCUUGACUUUGUUGUGGAACAGCCAUUUGUAAAUUAUUAGUUUGAUGUUUUCUAUUGCAAAGAUUCUUCCUGACAAGAGUAAAAAGACCCAGUCCCCUCUCUUAAUGAGCUGGUUUUACUUCCUUAUGCUAAAAGACAGGUUAGUUCCUGAUACUAGCACUAAUAUAGAUGUCUACAGUGCUAGUCAUCUUGUUCUCACUCCUCCAUUUCUCAAUCAGGAACUACCAUAAUUAAAGAAGUCACAAAGAAACUUUACACAUUCAUUGGUUUUGUGACUGAUUUUGGUUCCAUUUAAAAAAAAUGAAAAUAAUAGUUUAUUGGUAUUUCUUUCUGAACUUCCCUAUCAUUUGUGUGAUGGAAUUGGAGCUGUUUUGUAAUAAUUUAUAAAUACUGUAUAUUCACCUGGCUCUUGGGAUUUUUACUGUAUGAAUGUAUUGAUUUUGUUUAAUAGGGGACUGUAGGGAAAAGCAAGCAGCGAAGGAAAGAAUGGGUCAAGAUAAAACACUUGUGAGCAAAUAUUUGAGAAUUAAGAGGCAGUUCCAGUUCAGGAAAGAACUAUGGCAUAUUUAAUAAGGGUCUCUUUAGCGAAGGUGUGAGGGGGCGCUUGUUCAGCGCAACCAGGCUGACACAGGCACCCGUUAGACUGAGCGUCUGAAGAAGUUAAGGCCUGCCUAAGUUACCAUCAGGCAAUGAUGUGUCCUUCACUCAAAGCUUUGUUCCUAUUCAUAAAUAAAUAAUACUUUGUUUUUAAGAAGCCUGACCGCACACUGGGCAUCACUAGUCUUGGACUGCCAAAGGGAAGAACCUCAGGUGUCCAAACUCAGUUGGACCUGCAGGGUGAGAACAGUUGACAUGCAGGGUACUGUAGUCCAGGCCCUGAUUUAAGUGUGGGAGAACUGCGAAAUUCCACCCCAGGACAGAUAAAGGCAUGACGAAGUGCACUCAUACAUCACGCUUCUCAUAAACUAUGACUAAUAUAAUAUGAUCUGACCCCUUUGUCGUGCAUGACUGGAAAGUAAAUUGGUAAAACCCAUUCUCAGUCUUUGCAGAUGAAAUCAUUGAUAAAAGAAUGAAAAGUUCGUUAUGUUUUGGCUGAUAAGGUAGUGUGUGAAGCGAUGAAACAGCUAGAUGUUUUGAAUAUGAAUUUCAUAAAUUUUAGAAAGCAUGGGGUUUUGUGUGUGUUUAUAUGAGCAUUUGCCAGAUCAGAUAGGAAUUCUCUUUCAUACUUAACUAUUUUUCUGAAAUGAUGAAUACUGGAUUUUUGGUUUUAUUUUGAAUUUUAGUUCAGUCAUUUUGAGUCACUUAUAGUGAGCAUAUCCACUGCUUCUAGUGCUUGGCUAAGGAUUUCCGUUUCAAGUUUUAUUUUUUUGUUUUGUUAAUUUUGACAAUUGAUCUGGCUUUUGUGUAUUUACAAGGUGAAGCCACAACUGCCCCCAAAUUCCUUGUUAUCAAAAGCAUUGUGCUUCCUGUCUAUCAUAGUGUAUUUUCAGCAUGGAAGCUCCUUAAUUAAUCAAAGUAAAUAUCUUUUCUGAGUGUAUGCAAUGCCAGUGGGAAAUAUGUACAGGGGACAUAAGUAGCCAGAAAUCUUUGGUACUGUUUGAUACCCUUGGUACCAAUGUUGCUGCGCUAGGUUGCAAUCAAUAUCAAGUAAGGGAGUAUAAAUCAUUGUUUAUUUAGAGUCUGUUAUUUAGUUCAGUCUAAUUUGAGGCUGGAGUAACUUUUUAAAAAAAAAAAGAAAAACCUUCCACAGCUGUGGACAAUAAUGCAAGAAGGAAUAUUAAGUAUUAAACUCUUCACCCAACUUCAACUCUAUUUGAAUGUCCAAGAAAGGUUGCAUGAACGGGUUCGCUGUGUAUUAAGCAGAUGUCCUUGGUAGAUUUGGGAAAGAAGCUUUUAGAAGCAGCACGAGCAGGUCAAGAUGAUGAAGUUCGCAUUUUGAUGGCAAAUGGAGCACCUUUUACCACAGACUGGUUGGGAACAUCACCGCUUCAUCUAGCAGCACAGUAUGGGCACUAUUCAACAACAGAAGUAUUACUUCGAGCUGGUGUAAGUCGGGAUGCGAGAACAAAAGUGGACAGAACUCCAUUGCAUAUGGCAGCAUCUGAAGGCCAUGCAAACAUAGUAGAAGUCUUACUUAAGCAUGGUGCUGAUGUUAAUGCAAAGGACAUGCUAAAGAUGACUGCUCUUCACUGGGCUACAGAACACAAUCACCAGGAAGUGGUGGAGCUCUUAAUAAAAUAUGGAGCAGAUGUCCACACACAAAGUAAAUUUUGCAAAACUGCAUUAGAUAUUGCAAUAGACAAUGGGAAUGAAGAUGUAGCAGAAAUAUUACAGAUUGCUAUGCAGAACCAAAUCAAUACAAAUCCAGAGAGUCCUGACACUGUGACAAUACAUGCAGCCACACCACAGUUUAUCAUUGGACCUGGAGGGGUGGUGAACCUUACAGAUGAGACCGGAGUAUCUGCUGUACAAUUUGGAAAUUCAUCAACAUCAGUAUUAGCUACAUUAGCAGCUUUAGCGGAAGCGUCCGCUCCACUGUCCAACUCUUCAGAAACACCAGUUGUAGCAACAGAAGAAGUAGUGACUGCAGAAUCUGUGGAUGGUGCAAUUCAGCAAGUUGUCAGUUCUGGAGGUCAACAAGUUAUUACUAUAGUUACAGAUGGCAUUCAGCUUAGUAAUCUCCAUUCAAUUCCAACCAGUGGAAUAGGUCAGCCAAUCAUUGUGACCAUGCCAGAUGGACAGCAAGUAUUAACAGUACCAGCAACAGACAUUGCUGAAGAAACUGUGAUCAGUGAAGAACCACCAAUCAAGAGGCAGUGCAUUGAGAUUGUUGAAAAUCGUGUGGAAUCUGCAGAAAUAGAAGAGAGAGAAACUCUACAGAAACAGCUGGAUGAGGCAAAUCGAGAAGCACAAAAGUAUCGACAGCAGCUUCUAAAGAAAGAGCAAGAAGCAGAGGCCUAUCGGCAGAAAUUAGAGGCAAUGACCCGUCUCCAGACUAAUAAAGAAGCUGUUUAAAUAUUGAAAUGGACAUAUUGCAAAGUCUGUUACUUUCAGUCAAGAAAACUGCAGUACAAUCUUGAACUGUACACUGUAUAGGUACAGAAAUGGGAUUACAUAAUAGCAAAGAUGCUACAGGUUGAUAACUGGACUUAAGCCAUGAGCUCUGAUGAAUUUCUUGUAACAUAAAAGCUGAAUUUAGAAAUUGUGAAAAAUAUUUAAAAUGAAAUACUGUAAAUAGUUGUUUUUUUACAGUUCCAAAGUGAGUUGAUAAAUCUUUUUGAAGGGAUCCAGAAACACAAGAAGCCAAUGUUUUUGUGAAAUUUUGGAUUUUAGUAUAAAUCUAAUUUCUGAAAAACAGAACAGUUUUAAGGGUGAUGUUGCUGAUUAAGAUUGACAGUUUGAAAAUGAAUUAUGUGACAAAAUGAAUUAGUAGUUAUUGAAUAAGACAUGUCCUGAUGGAAAUCUUUGUACAACUUUAAGUAGUUGUCUUAGAUUUUCUGAAAACCCUUGUUUUAGAAAGUGAAAAUUUUAUAUUUAAUUUCCAAUAUAUCCAAGUAGAUUUACAUGUAUAUGAAGCUAAUAUUUUUUAAACUUUUCAGUUUGUACAUAUGCUGCAUGUUUUUAUAAUUUCUACACACAUCUUGCAUAGGUAUUUUUCAGCAAAGAUGAGGAAAAUUAUGAGGAAAAAAUGUUUAGCCUAAAUGUCAUUUGAAGUAAGCUAGCAGCCAGUUUUAUUGUGAAUGGUAUAUUUCUUGGAAGAAUGUAAUUUGUAAAAAUAAAAAAAAACUUAAUUUAAGUAAUACAGACAUUAUUUGAAAAUGCUGACAGUGAGGGGGCAUUGAAACGUCACUUUUCUGUGUCUUAUAACUUUCAUGUGCAAACAUUUUUAAAGUACAGAAGUAUGAAAGACUGUCUCCACAGGAACCCACAUAGCAAUUCCUUUUAAAUAUUCUUGUUAAGCUGUUUCCCCAGUAAUCUUCAGAUUAUCUCAAGGACACAUUUUAUAAACAGACUUUUGCAUUUAAAUUAUGCACCUGGACCUGAAAGUUGAUGUUGUUUUGGUGCUCUUGUUACCUACCAUCAUUGUGCUUCACUGUGAUAAAUGUCUCUGUGCAGUGAUCUGUAUGAAUACUUAGCAUUUAUAUAGUGCUUUACAUCUUCAAAGUGUUGUAUAAUCAGUAAAGAAUUAAUCAUCACUAUGUCCCCUAUGGUAUGGACAUUAUUGCCCUCAUUUUACAACUGAUGUAAGCGUGAUACAGAGAGGUUAAGUGAUUUGCCCAAGGCCACAUUAAGUCAGUGGCAGACCCGGGAAUAGAACUCAGGAGUUCCCGUCCUUAGGUCAGGCUGCCUUAAGACUGUUUGAUGCCGUGUUACAGUCAACUUUGAACUAUUGUGCGGAUUCCUUUUUUGUAAAACAUAACUUGUCUUUUAUUUGUGCUUUGCUUUGUCUUUCCAUGUUUCACUGCUUUUAUGAUAUUGUUUAUAUAAACUUAAAGUCUAGUUUACCUAUACUGUAUUCAAAGGCAUUGCCCUUAAAACUGUACUCUGGCCUACUUUUUCUAUUUUACAAUUAAAUACCUUUUCCACAUA